AUGCAGAAACCCGUACCCGUACCCGUACGGCAGCUUUCCAGGAUUGAGGAAAACAAUGGCGUCACGUUGGAGCAGCUAGCGGAAGAAUGCCAGUGUCUUCUUAACCUCAAACAUGACAAUGCUAUGAUCGAGUCAGCCACAUGUUUCGCUCAAGUGAAUGGCAUUAAGCAGCGAUCUUCUGAUAAACGGUUCAACAAACGGGAUCAGCCAUCUUCGAAGCCUGCUGCAAACGACACAAGAAAAAAACCUGAUACACUGUGUUGGUUUUGCGGUGCAUUUCACUACGUACGGGACUGUACCUUCAAAAACCACAAAUGCUCCGAAUGUAAGCAGUUUGGACAUCGUGAAGGCUACUGCAACAGUUCAAAAAAGUCACAACGUUCAUCGAGAAAGGCUAAGCAUUUGGUGGCCAGCAAAAUGGUCGUCGUUAAUGUGUGCAACGUGCAGAAGCGGAGGAGAUUCGUUUCCGUUGCCCUUGAUGGAACACAGGUUCGUCUUCAGUUAGACACGGCUUCUGAUAUUACCGUCAUCAGCCAGCAGAUCUGGAAGAAAAUUGGUAGCUCAAGGUUGUCACUAGCAACAGUAAAAGCCAAGGCAGCAUCAGGAAACAUUUUGCCACUUGAUGGUGAAUUUAACUGUGACAUUACUAUCGGCGAAAACACACGUACGCAGAUAAUUCGUGUCAUCGCGAAACCACUACAGUUGCUUGGAUCUGAUUUAGUCGAUAGUUUUAAUUUGUGGUCCAUACCAAUGGAUACUUUUUGCUGCCAAGUUACUAGUACCCCGUCCACCAGUGCAACUCUCAAAGCUACUUACCUGUAA